GAGAGAGAGAGAGAGAGAGAGAGAGAGAGAGAGAGAGUCCCCGUGUAUGCAGAGAGAUCCGUUGAGGGAGAGGACUCAGUCGAGUCCAGCAACGAUCCCAAUCGUUUCCAAAAGUAUAGAUGAACAGCCAGGAUGGUCUUCUGCACCAUGCAGAUCUUAAAAGAUGAACGGCCAGGAUGGUCUGCGAAAAUGUCCCUUGCCUUAAAUCCAGUGCUUCUCUCUAGCUGUUACAAUUCUUCUGUUUAUAACUUUUGCCAAGAAAAAAAAGAGCUAGAUGGAAAUUAGCCUUGCCCCGAGGUUGGCCCAGAAGUUGUACGGAGACAAUGGGGGCUCCUACCACGCGUGGUGCCCUUCGGAGCUUCCCAUGCUGCGUGAGGGCAACAUAGGGGCGGCCAAGCUUGCUCUUGAGAAAAAUGGGUUUGCUCUCCCUCGCUAUUCUGAUUCUUCCAAAGUUGCUUACGUUCUUCAAGGGAAUGGCGUUGCCGGAGUUGUCCUCCCAGAGUCUGAGGAGAAGGUAGUUGCAAUCAAGAAGGGCGAUGCCCUUGCCCUCCCUUUUGGUGUUGUCACCUGGUGGUACAACAAAGAGGACACUGAGCUAGUUGUUCUCUUCCUGGGUGACACCUCAAAAGCCCACAAAUCCGGUGAAUUCACAGAUUUUUUUCUAACGGGAUCCAAUGGCAUCUUCACCGGUUUCUCCACCGAGUUCGUGAGCCGAGCUUGGGACUUGGAUGAAAAAGUUGUCAAGGCCCUUGUAGGGAAGCAGUCGGGCAGCGGCAUUGUAAAGCUGGAUGGGUCUUUCAAGAUGCCCGAGCCAAAGAAGGAACAUAGAGAUGGCAUGGCAUUGAACUGCGAGGAAGCCCCAUUGGAUGUGGACAUUAAGAAUGGUGGAAGGGUUGUCGUCUUAAACACCAAGAACUUGCCCCUGGUUGGCGAGGUUGGGCUCGGAGCCGACCUGGUUAGGCUGGAUGGAGGUGCUAUGUGCUCUCCUGGCUUCUCCUGUGACUCUGCACUCCAAGUGACCUACAUUGUCAGGGGAAGCGGCCGUGUUCAGGUUGUCGGUGUUGAUGGCCACAGGGUGCUGGAAACCACCAUCAAGGCUGGCAAUUUGUUCAUUGUUCCGCGGUUUUUUGUGGUUUCAAAGAUUGCCGAUGCAUCUGGGAUGGAAUGGUUCUCCAUCAUCACCACUCCCAAUCCCAUAUUCACCCAUUUAGCGGGAAGGACUUCAGCGUGGAAGUCGCUGUCCCCUCAGGUGCUACAGGCAUCAUUCAACGUGCCGGCCGAUGUAGAGAAGCAUUUCCGCUCCAAGAGGAUGUCCGAUGCCAUCUUCUUUCCUCCUCCAAAUUAAGAAGGAAUUCUAGCUUUCAUUUGUCUAGUUUCUUGACUAGUUCAAUAAAUUUUGUUUUUUGAAGUUUUUGUAGGGAUCAUUGUGUCAGACUCCUUAGUUUAAAGUGUUGAUAUUUCAUUUCAUAUAAAUUUUGGCAUGGUCUGGUAGCCCUUUGCUUUGUUGCUUUUGCUUUGAUAUAAUGCCCA